UGCGGGAUCCUGUGUCAUCUCCCGCUACAUGUGCACAGGAAAAGUCAGCGCUGCUCGCUGUGCCUCUCUGUUUCCCUUUCAUUCUCGCUUGCACUGAAGCAGGGAGCAGGAUUAGCUCGUGGCACUGGCUAUCAGAGGAGCGUAGAUAAAAGGCACAGCUCCUUCAGCGCCACUGCUGCAGCAGCGCUUGUAAUCUCCCCCCUUCCCCACAACAGUUGUGCCUCAUUAUCCAUUGCCUGGCUCAAUUUUUGUGCCCGGGUGUGUACUGGAAGGGGCUUGAAGUUUCCCCCGCUCCACCGACUGUGGCAGAAGAAGGAGAGAUGUUCUAUAGCCUGGCCAUGAGGUCUUGAUUGUUCUGCGUUUAUGAAUGAAAUUGACCUCAAUCACCUGUUACCUCCAGUUUCUAGAUUGUUUGAAGUUCUGCGGCUGUACCCUACAGGACCGAGGGCAACGAGACUCCAGUAUACAAGGACCCUACAGUAUCGUCUGCAGCAUGAGCUGGCUGAACAGGAUCGCAUUGCUUUUCUUGGGAGUAUUACUAGCAGAAAGAGUGAACUGCCAGCAUGUGAAGAAUAACGUGCCAAGACUCAGAUUAUCCUAUAAAGAGAUGUUGGAAACCAACAAUGUAAUCACUUUCAAUGGACUAGCCAAUAGCUCCAAUUACCACACUUUCCUUUUGGAUGAGGAACGGAGUAGACUAUAUGUUGGAGCAAAGGAUCACAUAUUUUCUUUCAACCUGGUUAACAUCAAGGAAUAUCAAAAGAUUUUUUGGCCUGUGUCUCAUACCCGAAGGGAUGAGUGUAAGUGGGCUGGAAAAGAUAUUCUGAAAGAAUGUGCUAAUUUCAUCAAAGUGCUUAAAGCUUACAACCAGACUCACUUGUAUGCCUGCGGAACUGGGGCUUUUCAUCCAGUUUGCACCUAUAUUGAAAUCGGACGACAUCCUGAGGACAUCAUUUUUAAACUGGAGGAUUCACAUUUUGAAAAUGGACGAGGGAAAAGCCCCUAUGAUCCCAAAUUGCUGACAGCUUCUCUUUUAAUAGAUGGAGAAUUGUACUCUGGGACAGCAGCAGACUUCAUGGGUAGAGAUUUUGCCAUUUUCCGAACUCUGGGGCACCAUCAUCCAAUCAGGACAGAGCAGCAUGAUUCCCGUUGGCUGAAUGAUCCCAGGUUUGUUAGUGCCCACCUAAUACCAGAGAGUGAUAACCCAGAAGAUGACAAAAUCUAUUUCUUCUUCCGUGAAAAUGCAAUUGAUGGAGAGCACUCUGGAAAAGCCACCCAUGCCAGAAUAGGGCAGAUCUGUAAGAAUGACUUUGGUGGACACAGAAGCCUUGUUAAUAAAUGGACAACUUUCCUUAAAGCACGCCUGAUUUGUUCUGUGCCAGGGCCCAAUGGCAUUGAUACUCAUUUUGAUGAACUACAGGAUGUGUUUCUAAUGAACUCAAAAGACCCCAAAAAUCCAAUAGUCUAUGGAGUGUUUACAACUUCCAGCAACAUCUUCAAGGGGUCAGCAGUGUGUAUGUACAGCAUGACAGAUGUAAGGAGGGUGUUCCUUGGUCCAUAUGCUCACAGAGAUGGUCCCAACUAUCAAUGGGUGCCUUACCAAGGACGUGUACCAUAUCCACGGCCAGGAACUUGUCCCAGUAAAACAUUUGGAGGUUUUGACUCUACCAAGGACCUUCCUGAUGAAGUCAUCACAUUUGCAAGAAGUCAUCCAGCAAUGUACAACCCUGUAUUCCCUAUCAAUAAUCGUCCAAUCACGAUCAAAACAGAUGUGGAUUAUCAGUUCACACAGAUAGUAGUAGACCGGGUCGAUGCAGAAGAUGGCCAGUAUGAUGUCAUGUUCAUUGGAACAGAUAUUGGGACAGUUCUUAAAGUGGUUUCAAUUCCUAAGGAGACUUGGCAUGAUUUAGAAGAAGUCUUGCUGGAAGAAAUGGCAGUCUUUCAGGAACCCAUUGUUAUUUCUGCUAUGAAGAUUUCCACAAAGCAGCAACAACUCUACAUUGGCUCAGCUGCUGGAGUUUCACAGCUUCCUUUGCACCGCUGCGAUGUGUACGGAAAAGCAUGUGCUGAAUGCUGCCUUGCUAGAGACCCUUACUGUGCUUGGGACGGCUCUUCGUGCUCGCGUUACUUCCCCACUGCUAAGAGGCGUACUAGACGACAAGAUAUCCGAAAUGGAGAUCCUCUCACUCACUGUUCUGACCUGCAGCAUCAUGAUAACCCAAGUGGGCAGAGCCUGGAAGAAAAGAUUAUCUACGGAAUAGAGAACAGCAGCACUUUCUUGGAGUGCAGUCCAAAAUCUCAGCGUGCUCGAGUUUACUGGCAAUUCCAGAAGCAAAAUGAGGACCGAAAAGAAGAGAUAAAAGUGGAUGAUCAUUUCAUCAGGACAGAACAAGGCCUUCUGCUACGGACCCUUCAGCGGAAAGACUCCGGCAUUUACUUUUGUCAUGCCGUGGAGCAUGGCUUCAUGCAAACUCUGCUCAAAGUGACUCUGGAAGUAAUUGAUACUGAACACCUGGAAGAGCUGCUUCAUAAAGAAGAUGAUGGUGAUGGCUCCAAGGUCAAAGAGAUUUCCAACAGCAUGACACCUAGUCAGAAAGUCUGGUAUAGAGACUUCAUGCAGUUAAUCAACCACCCCAACCUCAAUACAAUGGAUGAGUUCUGCGAACAGGUUUGGAAAAGAGACCGCAAACAACGUCGGCAAAGACCCGCCAAUGCCCAGGUGAAUACUAAUAAGUGGAAGCACCUACAAGAAAAUAAGAAAGGUAGGAACAGGAGGACCCACGAAUUUGAGAGGGCACCACGGAGUGUCUGAGCUGCAUUACCUCUAGGAACCUCAUCCAAGUAAAAACUUGUAUAGACAGAUAACUGGAAAAAAAAUGCAAUAUACAUGAACUUUUUCAUGGCAUUAUGUGGAUGUUUACAAGGGUGGGAAGUUCGAACAAUUUCCACCAGAUUUAAAUAAAAUCAAUUUCUAACUUUCCUAGCAGACCUUCCCCCACCAAUCCCCAGACAGAGUUUCAAGGAUGAAAACUCACUCUGGACCUAGCUUAUUGCUCAACGAGUUCUGCAAAGAAUUCAUCAGAAAGGUUUUGCUUUCUCCUUUGCUCAAGAUAGAAAAGUAUCAUAUUUCAUGCUGCCAUUUAAAAAGAAAGUAAAAGAAAACCCACCUUUCAUCAGCUGCGCUACCUUCCCUGAACUUAACUGAAAAAACUGCAUGGACUAGCUAAGCUGAUCAACAUCCCAACAUUUAGAUGGAUGCAAGGCUUUUUUUUAUUUUAUGGCCUACCAGGUCUCUUGCUUAUAUGUACUGGAAAGGUAAAAACAAUACUGAAUGAGAUGGUCUGUGGAAAUCUGAACAGUAUGAACCAGCCAGCAUCCAGAGGGAAAAAAAGAAAAAAAAGAGUGGAGUACACUGGCCUACUACUGAUGACUUCUUUCAUCUUUGAUUUAAAGAUGUAUUUUAUUAAAACUAUAAUUUAAAUGUACCAUGACGAAUAUGCAGUAAACGUUAGCUCUUUUCUAAAAUAGAAUAGGCUUUUUGUCUUAGAAAUAUUGUACUUUCUAAUUAUUGGUUUAAAGGGAAGAAAAACCAACAGCCAAUGACAAGCUGCUUUAUUCUCUUGUUUGGAAAUUCUUUCAUGGCAGUAACACUGCAGCUAACCCCCUUGCCUCUACCCUGACAUUCUAUAUGACAAGUAACUUCUAUGCUAUUUAACAUGAAAGUUUCUGUAUAGCAUGGAAGUUUUUGAAUUCUCUCUCCCCCAAAAUAUAGGACACUGGACCCACACUAGAAUGCAGGAUUUGGGAUCCAUGCACGGUACCGCAUUAACGCGGGGACAGCGUUAUAGAAAGGACCAUGUUAAAAUUAACUGCAAUUAAAGUAAUUAAAUUUGGGAUCCAUGGCUGCAACCAUGUUAUAUGCAAAUUCACGCUAUAUAGACACAUGUUCUAGCGAGGGUCCGGUGUAUAUGAAAAAAUUCAGCUUGUAUAAUAUCUUGAUACGAAUAGAUUGAACCAAUGAAGAGAAAAUCAUCUAAAUACUGUAGCUCAUACACAGCCAUUAAUCCAUGAGCAAAACUCCUGUUCAGUUCAGAAGGACCUUUACUUACAACUAAGUGGUAGGAUAUUGUCCAAAAUUGAUUCCUAGGCCCUCUCUGUGUGGGGCCCUAGGGGUCCAUUUCACCUGUGGGUUGAGUCCCCUGCUGUUGUAAAUUGGCAUAUUGAAGUAUAUGAGGUUACAGCAGUGGAGAAUUUGGACCAGUAUCUAUUCAAUGGGGCUGCAGGAUAAAGUCAGAUAUAGUGUAAUUGUACUAUAAGUAUCUCCAUUUUAAGAAUCUAUGAAUAAUGGUUUUGGUCCACCCCAGUAUAGAUAUGUCCCAGUUUUGUUGAAGUCCAUUAUCAGCUGUCCUCUCUCUCAUAUUUCACCUCACUAUGGUCUGUAAACUCCUCGUGGCUUAUAGAAUCAUAGAAUAUCAUGGUUGGAGGGGACCACAGGAGUCA